GCCGUGUUUCCCCCCCCCCCCCCCCCCUCACCCGCCGCCGACCCGCGGCGCCCCGUUGCUGGCGGCCGCUCGGGGGAGCGCGCGCCCGCUGCAUGGCCGAGGAACCCGCGCCCGCCGAGGCACCGGCGGCGGAGGCGCCCGCGCCAGCGGCCCCCGCGGCGCCGCCCCAGCUGACCAAGGCGCAGGCUGCGGAGAUCCUCGACAAGGUCAUAGAGGAGGCGAAGAACGAGGAGCUCGUGAAGGAGGUGAAGGCCAUUCUCGAGGACGUCAAGAAGACGCACCCCGACGACCCCAUGGCGCAGCAGAUGCAGAAGAUGCAGCGGUUGAUGCCCCUGGCCAUGCAGAAGUUUGGACCCGUGAUCAAGUCGUACGGCUUCGAUGAGUCUACUCUCAUGGCGCGCGCGCUUCCGAUCGUGCACUUCGAGGAGGUUCUUCUGGUCGGGCACCUCGAGGAGGUAUCCAGCGCGAGCCUCCUUCUGACGAGGUGGGCAUGAUGCAGAUCCAGAUGAUGUCCAUGGUGGGGCUCUUCGGAGUCUUCUCCUGCUGAUCAUGUGCCUGUCCUUCAUGUUUGUUGUCUUGUGAUCAUUUCUAGUCCUUCGUCCCUCUGGAUACCCUACUUCUGCUUUUGAGCAUUCCCCCUCCUCGUGUUCCAUCUCCUGCUCUUAGAAGCGCACAUGUGUCUUUUUCGUGCGUGCACCUUGGCAACACCAUGAUCGCUCUGUAUUCCCU